AUGCCGAGACCGCAAGGCGCUCAUCAACCGCUUGUUCGGCAUGACACAGAUGAUGGAGGUGAAACUGGACAAUCGGUGAAAUCACUAACUGAUGGAGGAUUGACAUCAGAAGAGGAGAUUGAGAGUCGAAUGAGCCGAAGAUCUUCAGUUAUUGUAAGUAUUUCAUUAGAGAACUUGAAAUUCAAAUUUUUCGAAAAACAACUUUUCAAUUUUUAGGCCGAUCUAUUGUCGUUGUUCCGAAGAAGUUCUAGUGUUUUGGUCAGACCGCAUACAAGAUUAGGCAAUCAGAAUUAUGAUGAGUGAGUUAACCAACAAAGUAUUUUGAAAUUGGUUCUGAAAUUUCAAUUUGAAUUCUCAAAAGCAGAUCUUUUAAAAAACAUUUCUGAUCGAAUAUCAGAAUUCAAGCUUAUUUUCUAAUAUCAAAAUCUUAAUUUUUAGUGACGAUGAAGAUUAUGAUGAAGAAAGCGACAAAGAAGCAUCAAAAGACAGAAUCCUCAAGAAGAUUCAACAGAAAAAAGAGAUUAUUCAAAAACUUCGAGGACAGCCAUGGUGUAUGAGAAGGAAGAGGAGAACUCUUAAGUAAGCCUUCUUUUUUGAAGUUCAAUCUUCAAAUAUUAAUUUUUCACAGAGUUGCUCAAAAACAUUUACAACAACAAGAAGCAAAGGUGUCAAAAGUUAGGCUUUAUAAAGCAGAAGCUGGUCGCCGAUUAACACAAGCCAGUAGAUGGCUAGACAAUCUCAAAAUAUAUCUGAUACCUUGGGAAGCAAAAAUUCGAAAAAUUGAAAGUCAUUUUGGUUCAGUUGUUUCCUCAUAUUUCACUUUUCAUAGAUGGGUACUUGGUGUGAAUAUUUCAAUCACUUUGAUUAUGUGUUUAUUUGUUGUUAUACCUGAGGUUGGUUUUCUUUACAUUUUGAAAAAAAAACACAUCAUUAAAAAAAAUGUUUUGCAGUGGUUAGCAGAUUCUCGGAUGACUGAGGGAUCUGAAAGAUAUAAUAAAACUGCAAGCAUCAAACAGAUGCCAAAUAGUACGAGACAAAAAGCUGAUGAAUUAUCGACUGUUUGGGAUUUUGGGGUUCGUUUUAUUCUUUGAUUUUUCAUAAUAAAACAAUCUUUAAAAUUUCAGAAUAACUUGAAAAUCCAAUUUUUUCUUCACAUUGUUUUUUUUUCAGGGUUAUUUUCAAUAUUCUUUACUAUUUUAUGGUUUCUACUCUCGCGAGACAUUUUUUGGAGAUACAGUCAGAUAUCGAGUUCCAGUCGCCUAUUUUCUCUGCAAUAUUUUUGUUUUAGGAUUCUCAUUAUUUAUCAUUUUAAGGAAGUGAGUUUUUCAUACCAUAAAUCCGUAAAAAAUCUAUAUAAAUACAAAUUUGAUUUAGAAUGGCGUUGAAUAAACGGCAAGGAAAUUUAUCCUCCGGAAAAACACAACAAUAUCUUUUCAACUGGAAAUCAUUUACCGGGUGGGAUUAUACAAUUGGUAAUCCUGAAACUGCUGGAAAUGUUUAUAUGGCAAAUGUUAUCAAAUUCCGAGAAGCGAUUAAUGAUGACUCCAAAAAACCAAAUGAAAAACAUCCAUGGUUACGAUUUCUUGGAAGAUUUCUCACAAAUAUUUUUAUUUUUGGAAUGUAUGGUUUUUCAAUUUGGGCAAUUACGGAAUGUGGUUCAAUUCAGAAUCCUUCUACUUUUUGGACACAAAAUGCUACAGCUAUCACCAUUUCAUUGAUUACAUUGGUUUUUCCAAAUAUUUUUGAUUUACUUGGAAAAAUUGAGAAACUUCAUCCGAGAAAUGCGUUAAGAUUUCAGCUGGGAAGAGUCUUGGUUCUUUAUAUUCUCAAUUAUUACACUCUUAUUUAUUCGUUGUUUGUGCAAUUUGGAUUUGGAUCAACAAAGGAAACUGUUUCGUCAAGGUGGGUUGGAAAUAAGCUUUGUUGUCGGCAUUUUGUGAUGUAGAUAGAAAUCGGCCUGAUUUCCGACACGAUUUUUUUUGUCUUUGUGACAGAAUCUAACAUUUUUUCGUAUUUUUGAAAAAGCAAAAUUCAGAAUAAUAAAAAGCUCACUUUCAGAACCCUUCGUCAAAUAUUUCAACCAAUGUACCCAAUCAACAACACUCCUCACACCUACUUUUCUUACACCCCAGUCACCACAACACCAAUCCCAUCAACGUCGCCAUGGACAACAGUUUUACCUGAUUUCGGUCCUCUUGGUGUUUACAAUCCGAAAGCUGUAGUCAGCAAAACUAAUAUUAAUAUUGGGAACAGAACAUUGGUUGAGACUCAUCAAUUUGGACCUGAUAUUCCAUUCAAUGAAACUACAGCAAUGCCAAUGUAAGAUUUUUUAAAACACAUUUUCAGCAUAAAAAUUGGUUGAAAUUCUAGACCCACUCAAAGUCCAUCACUUUGGGGAGAUUGUUGGGAAACAAAAAUGGGACAAGAAAUUACCAAAUUGGUUACAAUGGAUCUUUAUAUGACAGUGGCUUCAAUUUUUCUUAUCGAUUUUUUGAGAGGUUUGGCAUGUCGGUAUUUCAAUUACUUUUGGCCAUGGGAUUUAGAAAGAACUUUUGUGAGUUUCAGUAUUUACUUUGAAGGAUUUUCUUGCGAAAUGUGUAAUUAAGUUUAAUUUUAUUUCAAUUUGUUCAGCCUGAAUACGGAGAAUUCAAAGUCGCUGAAAACGUUUUGCAUCUUGUUAACAAUCAAGGAAUGAUCUGGCUUGGUUUAUUCUUUGUCCCGCUUCUUCCAAUGCUCAACAAUAUCAAAUUAAUAAUUCUAAUGUAUAUCCGAGGAUGGGCUGCAAUGACUUGUAAUGUUCCAGCAAGCCAAAUUUUCAGAGCAAGUAGAAGUUCUAACUUCUUUUUUGCCCUACUUCUACUAUUCCUAUUUCUUUGUACACUGCCUGUUGGAGUUGUAAUUGCUUCUCAAACACCUAGUGUCAAUUGUGGACCUUUUGGAAACCACAGCAGAUUCUAUAGCGUUAUUACCAAUGUGUUGAAACAGAAUUUAAAUGAACGUUUGGUUAAUGUUAUCAAUCAUAUGUUAUCACCUGGUAUUAUUAUACCGGUCCUAGUUUUAUUGCUGUGAGUCCACUUUCUUGUUUGAUAGUUUUUUUAAAAUAAUAUUUUUGUAGAUUGGCAAUUUAUUUCUUGAUUGCUCUUGUGUCUGGACUGAAGGAGGCUAAUCAAGAUCUAUCAAUUCAAUUGAUGUUUGUAAGUUAUCAAUCGUCGGGUUCAAAAAAAACUUUCCGUGUAUCUUGUUCUGAUAAAUCAAAAAUAAUAUACUCUGAAUCUCUAAUUUUUGGGUUGAAUUAAACCCCAAUCCUGAUAUAGGCUCAGGUCUAACAAAAACUUCGGGAACAUUGGGUAAUCAAAUACAUUCUGUAUAACUUCUCUUGUUUCCAGGAGCGGACGGAAGAAAAAAAGAAAAUCUUUGAACUAGCUGGUGGUAAAAAACGUAAAAGUAUCAGUGUUUUCGGAAAACGCAAAUCAAAAACAGUGCUCAUUCCCCAGAAAGGUAUUUCAUCUGAUGAUGACUCUCAAUCAUAUCCCAGAUCCACGGCAAGAAGUGUAUCCGGAAGAGCAUUUGUUCCCUCGUUGGGGUAAGUUGCAAAAAAAAUAUCUCACGCCUUUUAUAGAGUAUAAAUAAGAUAAAAAAAUGAGAAAUAAAUAAUAUAUGAAUAUUUGUGUUCAGGUCGGUUUCGGAAGUUGAUCAUAGCACAGGAGAAGAAGAGCAAUCUUCAUCAGAAUCUGAAUCAAGUGACACAUCUUCGAUUGUUAAAUUGACAAUGGCGCAGCGGUUUUUGGUUUGUAUUGGAUGGACAGAUCCAAAAAAGUGGGUAAAGAUUCAGGUUUAAAUAUGAUAUAAUUAUUGAACAAAACCUGUUUCAGUUAGUCCGCACUGAAUCCCGAUAAAAUUAUAUUCCAGACUUCAAAAACGCGACAAAGACAUUGAAAUGGAAGAAGGAAUCCAUCAUACAAGUUCAAGUGGUUCCGAUAGUGAUUCAGAAAAUGAAUCUGAAGAUGCAACAAGAAAUUCAGAAAGUAGAUAUCUUCUUCCUCCUGAUGGUUCAAGACCAGCAUCCAGAGAAAAAUCCGAAAUUCCAAGUAAACGAAGUUCAGCAAGUCGCAGAACUUCAAACAAUCGAGAUCUUUCUUAUCGAACUGCAAUUGAGCAAAAUUCUUCGAGCUCAUCGAAAAGUACAACAACAGCGGGGACAAAUAGUCAAGUUGAGAUUACUGAAAAUCCACUUUAUACUUAUGUCACACCAUUAAAAAUUCAGAAGAAGUGAGUUUUUUGAAAGAAUAGCAAAAAAUUAAUUAUUAUUUGUAUAGAAGUUCAUCUGGGUCAACUGGAAGUUCAAAUCAACCAUCAUCUUCAGUUGAAAAACAAGCGGCUAAACGCUUGUUGCAACCAAUAAGCACUUCACAUAAUGUUCGAUAUGGGUUAGUUUAUUGGGGGGAUUUUUGAGAAAAUCGAAUUUGCCGUGGUUUUUUUCUAGAAAACAACAAAAACAGUAAACACUUGUUUUAAAUCACAAGAUUUUUUUGCAUUUUUUUCGUUACAUAUAUUUUCCAGCCUUGCCGUCGAAUCAACCUCAGCGGAUCCAACACGUCCCCCAUCAACAGAUGGAAGUCUUGCAGAUGCGAACAUAAACGAUCCACUUUGGCUCAAUUUGAACCCUCAUAGCAGGUUUGUUUUAUUUUAUUGCAAGAAAAUAUUUGCACUUGAAAUGAGAUUUUAAUUAAAUUUUUUCUUGACAGCAAAACACACACAAUUUUUUUUCUUUUUAGCUACACGUCGGCAAUGAUGUCGCCAAUUAUGAACGAAUUUAUGUCAACUGACGAAACAACCGAUGACGAGAAAGGACGAUUAAUUCCAGAUAGGUUGGUAUUGGAGGUUUUUAUUUGAAAAAAAUCAAAAUUUAAUGUUAUUCUAGACCUCCAAUUCCACAUUCACCAAGAGAAUUGAAACGACUAAAACGAGACAAAGAUUUAUCAUCUGGCGGAGAAAGCAAACCAAGUGUCAGUUUCAUCAAAAUCGGAUCUGAAAAUUUAAAUCAAAUUAUUUUCAGACUCCAAGACCUCCACGAUUUAGGAUAUCAAUGUCGCCACCAAGAAAAAAUGCGUCGGAUAAAAAUGUGAGUAUUUAUUAAUUGUUGAAAAUGGAAAAAGGUUCCUGGUUUAGAGGUUGACUAGAGUCUCUCUCUCUCUCUCUUUUUAGUUUGUUGUUUUUUGAAAUUGAAAAAUUAUAAAUUAAUGUUGUUGAAAAGGUCAUGAACUGGUGACGUUUAUUUUUUAUGGAUAAACUUGUCAAAACAAAUAUUUGAAAAAUGAGAAACAUUUAUUAAUUUUAAUACGAACAAGUGUUUUUUAACCCAUCCGAAUUUGAGUAAUAGAGGUCCGUUUUUGAAAAUAUUUGAUAGCCAUGUUUCUUUAAAAAAAAUAUAACUUCCUAAAAUGUUUGACUUUUCAGGAUUCCGAUAGCUCGAAUCGAAAAUACGAAAUGAGAGUGGAAAAAUCGCCGAAAACCCCAAAAAGCAACGAGCGAACAACACAUCUCUAG